UAUUCACCUAAAUCGCGUUCUUGCUUGAUGAAACGGUAAAUGAAUAUAUAAUCGGAACUCAGAAGGCUUAAGAAGAAGAAAACGUUUUGUGUCAGCUUCUUCCGGUGUUCUUCUAGUCGAACAAUGAACGAUAAGCUCCUAUGAAUGCCCGUCGACUCUCUCUCCGGGGAUCAAUCACCGUUUUUCCUACUGAGAAAUUCCGAUUGUACUUGGAAGAAAUCGGUGUCUUCUUUCUGGUGUUUAAGAGCAAUGGUAUUAUGCCGUGAACCAGGUGCAAUUUGACUUUGGUUCCCCACUGCUCGAUUGGAUCAUCGCAAAUUUGUAAAUAAAUUGUGAUUUGGUUGAAAUGUCCUGGGGACUGGGAUGGAAGCGGCCAUCUGAGAUUUUUCAUUUGAAACUGAAUUAUGGUUCGGAAGAGGAUGCGGAGAAUCCUGACCGUGUCUCCUCCUCGUCAUCCUGUUCUUCUUCGUCGUCGUCAUCGUCGUCGUCGACGACCAUUUUGACGCAGGGUCAGGAACUUGAAUUUCGGAUUGAUUUGGAUUGGUCGGCUGGGGAUGACGAAGAUCAGGUGGCUCUCAGGCUUCAGUCUCAGCUCAUGGUUGCUUUGCCGGUGCCGCAGGAUGCUGUGCAGGUAGAAUUGAAGUAUAACGAAGAAGCAGAUAAUGUGGAUGUAGAUAUGGGGGUUUUGAAAAGGAGGGAGCCUCUUAGAGCCGUAACGAUGGCGAAGUCAGCGGGAUCGGGGCAGCAGAAUGAUGGGGUUGGCGUUCUGACGCGGUUGUUGAGGUCGAAUUUGUAA